UUGGACUAUAUAACGAUUUCGUAAAUAGAGAAACUAGAACUGUUUAUUAUUGUUACAAGGUUAUAAGAAGCGUCGAACCGGACAGGUUCAACCGGUGGAUUUAGGACAUGAUGCUGAAGGAUUUAAAACAGUGGUCAGAGAGCUAGCUAGGGUUCUUCACUCUUUGGUCGUCGUCUGAGGAGAUAGGGAGGGAGACACUGAAGCUUGUGAAGCAUGUCUAGGUUUCUUAACAACGGACUCUCCUUCUUGAUGCACAAGAGGGGAUCUCGUAUGUUAUCAUCAUCAUCAUCGUCUUCAGGUCCCUUUCUGAGGCUUGGCAGUAUGGUCAAGGAAGAAGAAGAAGAAGAUGUACUUGAUGACGUUCUCUUGUUCGAUGCUGCCAAGGAAGAGUUACUCACUGUCCCUGACAAACCACAUCCCCAUGAGCUCGCUGACACGACUGUCGUUGCAUCUUCUCUUGGAUGGGGGUUCUUCUCUGGCUUUUCCGACCGUUCCUUGUACAUCUCGGACCACUUGAACCCACUGUCUUCUUCUUCCAAGGUCAUUCCUCUGCCUCCGCUCACUGCUCUCUCCUCUUGCCAAACCGACGUCUUCUGCAAUGUCGCCAUGUCCUCAUCCUCUCCUAGUGAUGAUGACCCGGACUUGGUCGUUGCUGUCAAGUUCUUGGGCAGACAGCUCAGUCUCUGCCGACCAAACCGUGACUUGCGAUGGACUAACAUCGCUACUCCUUUCCCCUUCUUGGAAAGAUCCAACCUCAUGUACUCCAACAGAGACCGCAAGUUCUACUUGCCUCUUCCUGGCAGCACCUACCUAUGCUCCUGGGAUCUCCACUUCACCCCGAGCUUCCGUAAGUUUAUGUAUACCAACCGUCCCAAGCUCUCACAGUCCGAGCACCAGCUUCUGGAUUCUUGUUCCAGGGCUGAUUACUGGGUCGAGUCUCCCUCUGGAGAGCGUUUCCUGGUCAAAUGCUACACUAACGACACUCUGGAGAGAGACCCUGUGUUCAUGGUGUUUAGAGAGGAAGGCAUGACCGACAUGUGUUACACUGAGGACAUUGGAGAUUUGUGCAUCUUCAUUUCUGAGUCUGACCCUUUCUGCGUCCUGGCUGGCUCGUGCCCUGGUCUUGUCCCCAACUCCAUCUAUCUUACUGAAUCUGUCUUUGGUGUCUACCAUCUCCCCACCAAAAGCCUUCGUCAUUUUGAAGAGAAACCAUUUCUAGGAAAGGCCGAGGUUCAACCAUCUCUAGGAAAGGCCGAGGUUCAACCCAUCCUUCCUCACUGGCUUCCUCCAUCAUGCUCUCAUCUUCUUUGAGGAAGAUGGCUAAGCUAUAUAACUACUGUUAUAUCUCAUGAUGAUGUUGUUGUUGGACGUUGCUUACUGUGAGAGCCUUCCAACUAAGCACGAGAUGAUGUUGUUGUUGUUAGUUUUUUUACUAUUUUGUAUUCACUAGAUGUGUUACUCAUGCUUGGAGAUGCUAUCGUUUGUUGUAUCAUUAUAUAAAAGCUCCUUGUGAGCUCUCUUUUUUUA